CUGUGGUGUAUAUAUUACGUAAUUAAUCCGACAUAGGCCCUAGCAUUUAAAUGAGCAUUUCAUUAACGAAUUAGCUAAUUAUAACAUCACAUGUAAGAUUCAUUUAAUGAGCCCAUGUGGUAUUUCGUUACAGGUUUAAUAUAUGCUGCUUCAGCGCGAGUAAAACAUAAAUAACGAGAAUAAUCAAAUUUAUCCAUCUACGUUGCGGGGGAAUACCGGUGUGACAUACGCCAGGCUGGCGCGCGAACCCACACCCUCCAGGACAAGCGAGGCAUCAUUGCCAUCAGCUGCACCAAUUACUCGUGGAUUUAGUUCGUGAUUGAACUAACACUGGUGUGAUUUAUUUGAAUUGUUUUUCUCAUGCAUGAUUCUGAAGGCGUUUCGCAUCACUUUUAUUCCGAUAUUAUCUUGCACUUGUUACUGGUUAGGGGCGGAUCUAAGGGGCGGCCAGGAGCCGUCAUUUUCACUCCAUUUAAAUGCGCGACCACAUGCUGCCACCCCACGUCACAAUAAAAAAAAAACGAAAUAUACAUUUCAUUUUCUAAGCGGAAGCAUAGAAUAAACGAAGUAUAGUGCGGCCACCUCCGAAACCGUAAAUGGCCAUCCCAAUUAAAAUUCUCUGGUCACGCUACUGGUUACUGGUCAUUCACUAGAAGCUCAACGUAUAUAUCAGCACUGGUACACAGGCUGGUUUGCACGAAGCAUUGAACAAAUAUGCAAAUUAAAUAAGUAGGCCUUCUGUUUAUCUAACUAGCAUCAUUUUUGUUGGCCCACCUGCACGCCACCAAGAACCCGUAAUUAAUAACAUUAUUAUAACAUUAAGUCCACUAGUAUUGACUGUCGGGAGUUAGACCGGUUGUAUUGCUGAACGGCGCUUCGGGCGGGGGGCAGAAUGGGGUUUUCCUCAGUCGGAAGCCCUGGACUAUGACGUCAGGGGAUCUGGCUGAAAUAGGAGACGAAGCGUUUCAGCCAGAUGGUGGUAUAUGUUCUGUAUCUAUGUAUCCCGAGUCAUUCCUGGUACAGCAGCUCACCAUGGGCUCGGCGGUGUGUCUGAUCCUGGACACUUCGGCGAUUUAUCAGUGAGCAGUUGCAUAAAGCGUGACUUUUUUUCAGUUUACAGUCUUUGCCAAAGCAAAAAAAGUGCUACCCCUUUGAAUUUGCGUAAGUUCUUUGCGCCUUAAAUACAGCAUGGAAACUUUAGCGCGUCUUUAAACGGGUGCCAGUGUGAUUUCUUAAAGCAGGGAGAAGGGAUAAAGUUAGCAGAACUUAGAUCAGGUCUAUAUAUGUGCACUGUAGCGUUAGACUUAAAUUCAAUGAAGCUUGAUGUGAUCAAAUCCGAGAGCAAUGAGGAGGACAUUGACGUGGAGAGCAUCGACGGGUCUGUGCGUCCGGAAUUGGACGGCGGCAGCGGGAAGGGAGGCAGCGCGGCACCGGAGCAGCAGCCGCGGAGGCUGAGCCGCAGCCCCAAAUGCGCCCGGUGUCGGAAUCACGGCGUCGUUUCAGGCCUCAAGGGCCACAAGCGCUUCUGCCGCUGGCGCGACUGUCACUGCGCCAACUGCGUGCUGGUGGUGGAGAGACAGCGGGUCAUGGCCGCGCAGGUGGCUCUGAGGAGGCAGCAGGCGACCGGGGGGAAAAAAGACGGCAGAUCAUCCUUGUCAUUUAGAAAAUCGGCGUAUCAUCGGUACCAAAGACCCAGCUUUCUGGCAAGCAGCAUAUUGCAAGGGUAUAAGCCUGUUUCGGAGGACCCCACCUGGCCGAGGAGAAUGCACUACCCAUCUCUCAGCGACCGGAUGAGGAAGAGGCGAGCGUUCGCCGACAGAGAGCUUGAGGGCAUCAUGCUCGAGCGGGAAUUACAGCAGAGGGAACUGGAGGAGCUGUCCAGCCUUAAAUUCCCCCAGCCCGCAUUUCCUCCAGCCCCCGCCGUCCAGUGCUGCCCCUUGGCGGACCCUUUGUCGCUGGCCUACCUCCCUAUGCACGGAAACUGCCCCACGCUUCUGAAGGUUCACUGCCACCCAGAAGAGAUCUUCAAAGCCCGGGCGAUGGGGAGCAGCUACGAGCCGCCGGCCGCCCCGUGCAGCUUAGCGCCCAGUGGGGUGGAGCUGGGGCUCCUGGAAUCCUGGGAGUGCUGCACAGAGGAGGAGCUGCCGGCGCCCCCUGCCUGCCAGGGUUAUUUGGGCAGCCUCAGAGGUCUGCACGCUGCCUCAUUGGCGGCGAACAUCAGCGUGAGAGGCUUUGGUGGCUCGGUCGCACCCGAGCCCAUCGCCGGCCGGCUUCCCCACCAGCCAGAGCUGCUCUUCCAGGAUAGUUCUCUCUCCUCACAGCCCUGUGGAUCUUCUGACUCGUGCCUCUUUGCCCCAAAGCCCAGUCCAGAGAAGCAGGCCCGUCACUGGUCCCAGACGGACCCUGGGAAAAAGAGCGUCCCGUCUGCGUUGCCAUUUUCAGUGGAGUCGCUGUUGAACAACUAAAAAAUACCCCCCCCCCACCCCCGUCAGAUGAGUUACUGAGGCUUGCGUGAAUGUGUUUGAGCUGGGACCAACAUUGAUACCAGGGUCUGGGAUUUACAGGGGGGUCCUGAGAAUGAAUGUAACACAAUUCAUAUCACAUUUAUGUGCUAUAGCGCCCACCGGGGUUGUGUUGGGUUGUUACAUGAAAGUUUGAGUUGUACAGGUAUAUUUAGUAAAAGCGUAUUUUGAAACAUUGGCAACAGUUUAGAAAAAAUUCUACUUUCCCAGACCUUAAAGUGUCAUUUUGUAUAAUUAUAUAUUUUUUUAAAUGAAAAGUACAUGGCUUGUGGAAAACAAUCAGAAUGCAGUAUAUAAAGUUUUGUAAAAUAAGUAAUAAAUUUAUUUUAGUAUU